UUUUUCAACUGUUUACAAUCAACUUCCGGGUCAGCUGACUCAGGGGGAGGAGCCAGUAUGAGCAGGACCGCCGCUAGCAUCCGUAAGGACUGUAACGUCUGAGAGUCUGGGACAACUUACAAGAUGAACUGGACGAAUCUGUAAAAACACUUUAAAGCAAGAAACUAUCUGACUGAUUACUGGGGCUCUGUGUGGAGGAAUUGAUCUGCGUCGAGCAGCCGACAUUCUGUCAAACAGCAGAUCUGUUGGCUGCCUCUCCUCCUCUCUUGGCUGGUGAAAGGCCCUGUUUUGUUCCAAACGCGUUGCCGGAAAAGGACGCUGAAAAAGCCACAGAGUCAGACUUAACCGGAUUCAAUGAGGGAGCCAGACCGGGAGGAGCUGCCAGAAGACAAUAUGCCCCCCAAGUUUAAACGGCACCUCAAUGAUGACGAGGUCACGGGAUCCAUCCGCAGUGAGAGGAGGAACCUUCUGGAGGAGGACUCUGAUGAAGAAGAAGACUUUUUUCUGAGAGGGCCCACAGGACCCAGAUUUGGACCUCAGAAGGACAAAAUGAAGCAGGUGCAGUCGCAGGUGGAUGAGGUGAUCGAUGUGAUGCAGGAGAACAUCUCCAAGGUGAUAGAGAGGGGCGAGCGUCUCGAUGACCUGCAGGACAAGUCAGAGAGCCUUUCAGACAAUGCGUCUGCGUUCAGCAGCCGAGCCAAACAGCUGCACAGGAGGAUGUGGUGGAGAGACAUGAAGAUGAAAAUGAUUAUCGCUCUGGUAGUUGUUGUUGUUCUGCUGAUUAUUAUCAUCCCAGUGAUACUUCGAUAUCGUAACUGAUGAUGAGCACGAAGUAGAGCCUUCCUCCUGCUGCUGUUUUUCUUGUAUCCAACUCAUCUGCUCACAGUCCUCCGUUCCUGCUCGGGGGCAUCACCCUGCUGCCCACACCCAGUUCAGCAUCAGCCUGUUUGUGCUCCCGGAUCUGGCCUCAAAUCCUCACCUUAUUACUGAUCUUAUCACAUUCCAACACAAAUCUGAUGUGAGAUCAGUUGUAAGGCUCCGUUCCAUGAAACAUAUUCUGUGUAGGGCCUUGGCAAGGGGUCCUGCAUGUUACAUCACCGAUAAAUGCCAAUAAAUCUAACCUAAGUUAUCUACUGUGAAUCUGCUGCAGCAGUCUUUAUAAAGAGGUUGCACACGAAGCAGAUGAGCCUCUUUGCACAUUUUUUUCUUCUUCACAUGAGGUCAAGGGACAUUUGAGCUUCAUCUGCAUUGUAGAGUGCUUUUAAGGAAGCUCGAACAAUUCACAAUUUUUACGUUUUCUCCACAAUAAUAUUGGACCCCAUGUGUUCAUAGCA